GCGUCCCGCUGCCUGCCCGAGGCUCUGCUCUGUCGUUCCAGCGGCUCUCGGCCGCGAUCCGCUCCCCUGUCCCGGGCCGCGGUUGCACACCGAUGCCGCGUGUGGCUCGACGUGCAGCCGGAGCGUCGCCUUCAGAGAGGCGCCCUCUCCCGGGCAGCGGCCUCCGAGGUCGCCUCUCCCGUCCGCCGCCCUGGGCUUCCGAGGGGGGCGGGGCCCCCAGGGGGAGGGCGAGCGCGGGGCGGCGGGGACGAGGGGCGCGCCGCGGGUCCCAGGAGCCUCCCUCGCAUCCUCCGUGUCCCCCAGGCCCUCGCAGCCCCUCGACCAUGUCGGCAGCCCGGAUCCCGGUCCUCGGCCUCGGGGUGUGUCUGCUGCUGCUGCUGCCGCUGCCGGAGCCUGCGGGCAGCGACGGAGCCGUUCCCAUUCCUAUCACAUGCUUUACCCGAGGACUUGACAUCAGGAAAGAGAAAGCAGAUGUCCUUUGCCCAGGAGGCUGCUCUCUUGAGGAAUUCUCUGUGUUUGGGAACAUAGUGUAUGCGUCUGUAUCAAGCAUAUGUGGAGCAGCUGUCCACAGGGGAGUAAUCAGCAACUCAGGGGGACCUGUGCGAAUAUACAGCCUACCAGGUCGAGAAAACUAUUCCUCAGUAGUUGCCAAUGGCAUUCAGUCUCAGACACUUUCCAGAUGGUCUGCUUCUUUCACAGUGACAAAAGGAAAAAGUGGUACCCAGGAAGCCACAGGACAAGCCGUGUCCACAGCACGUCCACCAACAGGUAAACGACUGAAGAAAACACCUGAGAAGAAAACUGGCAAUAAAGACUGUAAAGCAGACAUUGCAUUUCUGAUUGAUGGAAGUUUCAAUAUUGGGCAGCGCCGAUUUAAUCUACAGAAGAAUUUUGUUGGCAAAGUGGCUCUAAUGUUGGGAAUUGGAACAGAAGGACCACAUGUGGGCCUUGUUCAAGCCAGUGAACAUCCCAAAAUAGAAUUUUACUUGAAAAACUUUACAUCACCCAAAGAUGUUUUGUUUGCCAUAAAGGAAGUGGGUUUCAGAGGGGGUAAUUCCAAUACAGGAAAAGCCUUGAAGCAUACUGCCCAGAAAUUCUUCACAGCCGACACUGGAGUAAGAAGAGGGAUCCCCAAAGUGGUGGUGGUAUUUAUUGAUGGCUGGCCUUCUGAUGACAUUGAGGAAGCAGGCAUCGUGGCCAGAGAAUUCGGUGUCAAUGUAUUUAUAGUUUCUGUGGCCAAGCCUAUCCCUGAGGAGCUGGGGAUGGUUCAGGAUGUUGCAUUUAUUGACAAGGCUGUCUGUCGGAAUAAUGGCUUCUUCUCUUACCACAUGCCUAAUUGGUUUGGCACCACAAAAUAUGUAAAGCCUCUGGUACAGAAACUCUGCAGUCAUGAGCAAAUGAUGUGCAGCAAGACCUGUUACAACUCAGUGAACAUUGCCUUUCUAAUUGAUGGCUCUAGCAGUGUUGGAGACAGUAAUUUUCGCCUCAUGCUUGAAUUUGUUUCCAACAUAGCCAAGACUUUUGAAAUCUCAGACAUUGGUGCCAAGAUAGCUGCUGUACAGUUCACCUAUGAUCAGCGCACAGAAUUCAGUUUCACUGAUUAUAGCACCAAAGAGAAUGUCCUAGCUGUUAUCAGAAACAUUCGCUACAUGAGUGGUGGAACAGCUACAGGUGAUGCCAUCUCCUUCACGGUUAGAAAUGUGUUUGGUCCCGUGAGGGAUAGCCCCAACAAGAACUUCCUGGUAAUUGUCACAGAUGGACAGUCCUAUGAUGAUGUUCGAGGUCCUGCUGCUGCUGCACAUGAUGCAGGUAUCACCAUCUUCUCUGUUGGUGUGGCUUGGGCACCUUUGGAUGACCUGAAAGAUAUGGCCUCUAAACCAAAGGAGUCACAUGCUUUCUUCACAAGGGAAUUCACAGGAUUAGAACCAAUUGUUUCUGAUGUCAUCAGAGGCAUUUGUAGAGAUUUCUUGGAAUCCCAGCAAUAAUGGUGACAAUUUGGCAACUGAAAGAAAAAGUGCAAGAAGAUAGAAAAUGUCAUUUUCUCAUAAUACCAAAAUACUAUAUAGCAUACUAGGAUCAGAUGCAAAACUCUUAUAUUAAAAAUGCCAACAGCUAUUUCAAGCAAAUAAGCAUUCAUUUAAAGCUACAACCUUCUGACAAUUUAGAAUUGUUAAACACUGCCAAGGCUUCAUAAUCAUGACCCUUAGAAACUCAGGAAAGAGGAGAUAUCAUGCAUCUAAAUCUUAAUAAUUCUAAAAUGCAAAUUAAAUGUAGAGAUGCAAAUUCCAUAGUUCAAUAAGACUAUGAUGCUCAGAACAAAAGCAACAUUCCUUCUCUAAUCAUUCUGUAUUAAAUAAGAAAAAUUAAAUAGUUCUUUAAUUCAGUUUAAAUGUUAAGUAUUUUGCCCCAAUAGAUGUCUUAAAACAUUGUUACUUAAUAUAUUAAAGUUAUAAUUAUGAAGUGGAAGGGAAUUAAGAAUCAUUUCCUUUGUAGUGUAUUUUCAUAGUAGCAUAACAUAUAUCACACUGAACAAGAUAACAGGAAUGCUUGGUAUUUUUCUAUUUAUAGCCUUAAUUUUAUAUGUGUAUAGAUAUAUUUGGCUUAUACUCUAAAAGUCAUCCAUGUGCUGAAAAGAAAGCUAAGUUGGUAAAUUUUUACUUACUACUUGUAAACAUCUGGCUCUGAGGAAAAACAUUAAAGGUAGAACUGCAGGAAAAAAUAUUAUAGUCUGACUUAUUUAAGCAAUAAAACUGUUAGUGACUAUUA